CCAAAGGAGGAAGACGUCUCCAGACCUGUGGACUCGCCGGAGUUGGAGGAGAAGUUUACUUUUUUUUUUUAAUCGUAAUAAACUUUGCUCGUAGAAGAGAAACGGAGCAUGCCAUCAUAAAGUGGAGCCGGAGGCGAUCAGAAACACGGAUCGGCGGGGAAAGAGCAUUUAAGCUGUAGCCUGUGUCUGAGCUGCUGCUUGCACCAAGUCUGGACUUGCUGUCUCAAUCCAGGCAGAUUUACAAGGCAGAUGGCACAGCAAGAGGAGCCUCUGUACGAUUUCCCGGAGCCCACCCAGUCAUCACAGCAGCGGAAGUUACUCGCGCAUCAAAGGGGACGAGGCUCCCUGAGAAGCAUCAGCGUACUGGACCGCCUCCUGCUCACAGUUCCUGUCUGGCUUCAGCUGUCAAUCAACCCUGCCACUGCACUGCACAUACUGCAGAGAGAGCCUCCUGGGAACUUCCUGGUGCGAAAGUCUCGCACGUCGCAGAGAAACGUGCUGUGCGUCCGUCUGGCGGACGACAGCGUGCCGUCCUUCGUUCAGCAGUUUGGCAUCAGGGAGGAGCAGUGCACUAUGUGUCUGGAGACGUCUGCCAUCCGCUUUCCAGAUCUGCCAAGAUUAGUUUCUUUCUACUGUGUCAGCAGAGAUGUGUUACCUUUCCCUCUGGAGCUUCCUGAAGCCAUCGCAAAGGCAACAUCCCACAAAGAGCUGGAGUCCAUCUCCCAUAUGGGAAUAGAAUUCUGGAGCUCCCAUCUCAACGUCCGUGGGCCCCGGGAGGCACCUAAGCCUCAGAAUACCGUCGAUACCUCGGCUUCGCCUGCUGCUCCUCCACAGACGGGCUCCGAAUCCACUCCGCAGCCCGACUCAGCCCACCAGCUCAAGACAGAACCUGAAUCGGACACAACCACCAAACCAUCAGGCUCUAACCCCACUCUGUUCCAUGAGUUCUGUCCGAUCACGACUCGCAGCCCAGGGGAGUUGGACUGUGGUUCCGGCCUGGGUGCCUUCUGCUUCAUCAACCCCCUUUUCCUUCAGUCUCAGAACGUUUUGUCCAGGCGACGUAACUUCAAACACAGCCUCAAGGUUCGGGUUUCCACAGAGUCAUCGACCCUGCUGUCACCCCCUCUCGCUGCGCCACCUCCACCGCCUCUAAUGCCCAAAAGUAAGGGGAGCCGUAAGGCCAAGGGACACGGAGGCGCCCAGAUCAGCAAAGGCCUUUUACAGAGCGGGAACCCAAGUCAAGCCACCGCCCGGAGUGAUGCCUCAGCUCAGGACACCCAGCCUCUCACACAAACACAGGACGCUCCCAGUGAAGCACAAAUGCAGCCUCCAUCAGCAGCUCCUCACUCCCAGCCUGAGGUGCAGGAGCAGGGCCAAACUCCAGCUCCAGUCGAGGCCACAGAUCAGCUACCAACAGUAGUAGGGCAUUUCCAAGACGACUCAGAAUACAUGCAGCCCUCUCUAAUGAUCAAUUCCUCCCAUCCUCCCUCACUCUCUCCUUACCUCUCCCCUGCUGUUGCUCCCAGGGCACCUCCCCUUUUCCCUAAAGCUUUCCCACCCCUCUCUCCUCACAGCUCUCCGGGUGUUACUCCCUCUCUCUCCCCCUAUCAGUCCUCACCUGUUUCUCCCAAGGUCUCCUUUUCUCUCUUUCCACGCGACUCACCCAGUGAUUUACCCUCUCUUUCACCUUAUCAGUCACCAUCUCCUUCUCCGAAGGUCUUAUCUCUGUCUCCCUUCACUUCCUCGCCCUUGUCUCAGCUGGCAGAGCAGGCGUAUCACAUACCUGCUGCCGCUUCAAGAUCAGAGCGAGACGUCGAGGAGGAGGGAGCAGCUGCAGGCGAAAUUAAGGAUGGAGACGGUGAAACACACGAGGAACUGCAUGAAGAGGAGGAGGGGGGUCUGGUUUUCCAAAUGAAUGCUGGUUCUCUUGAUGACACGGACAGCCGCGGUUCCUUGAACAGUCUGGAGGAAGCAGCAGAGACUCACCCGACUCACACACAUGAUUGUCACUGAAUUACGUUAUGUGAUAUAUCGAAGCACUUGUAGAAUUAGUGCAGAUGUGUUGACAGAUAUUUUUCAGACCAGAAAAAAACCUUUGCAUACAAACCCAAACUCCAGUCACCCAUUUUUUCGCACCACAUUUUGUACAAUUUAUGAUCAAGGUUGAAACAGCCAACUUCCCCAAGCAUAAAAUAAAAUACUUGACAUAUAUCA